UGGCUCUGGGUUAGGCCUCACAGGCAGCACUUCGUUUGCUGUGUGCGCAAUAAAUUCCAGCUCAUUUGCCAAAAUGAACAGCCAUAUACCCUGUCCAUGGCUAUGACUCUGACUUUAACUUUUAUUUAACUAGUGAACCUCAUGGGAACAGGGCACAGUGGGAAAGUAAAGUUUGCCUGACAGGCCUUUCUGAGGGCAAAAUUAGCGCAAUAGUGCCUCUUUCAUUUUUUUUUAACUCAUGUUAUUGGUGUUGUCAGACAGACAGACUGACAGAGUAGAAAACGUGGACCGUGUGCUCUGCUUCCUUUGAUCCAUUGUUAAUUUAACAGAGUUGACAGUUUGAUAGUCAGUUAGCUUUCUUUAUUAAUACAAGUAACAACAGAAAACGUAUACCGAGGCAGCUUUAAAAUGACGGAACAGUCUUCGUUGUUACUACGUAAACAGUUAGCAGAGCUCAACAAGAACCCAGUUGAAGGCUUUUCUGCAGGUCUUAUAGAUGACGAUGACAUCUAUCAGUGGGAAGUGGUCGUCAUCGGGCCUCAAGACACAUUGUUUGAAGGGGGGUUCUUCAAAGCUACCUUAACCUUCCCCCAUGACUAUCCUCUGAGGCCUCCCAAGAUGAAGUUCAUCACAGAAAUCUGGCAUCCAAAUGUGGCAAAAAAUGGCGACGUCUGCAUCUCCAUCCUGCACGAACCUGGUGAGGACAAGUAUGGCUAUGAGAAGCCAGAGGAGCGCUGGCUGCCAAUCCAUACAGUAGAGACCAUCAUGAUCAGUGUUAUUUCCAUGCUGGCAGACCCCAAUGGAGACUCUCCUGCCAAUGUGGAUGCAGCUAAAGAGUGGCGGGAGGAUCCUGCAGGGGUUUUUAAGAAAAAGGUGGCUCGCUGUGUGCGGAGGAGUCAAGAGAUGGCUUUUGACUAAACUCUCACUCCAGUCAUCAAAAUUGGUGGAACUGCACAGGGAAUUUGACAGCUCGGUACUCCAAAGUGAGCUAAAUGACCACGGGGCACAACAGUAUCAUCAUUCAGUAUUCACUGAAAGAAGAAAAAUACUCUGGGGAAAAAAAAUAUCAAUCCAUAUUUCUCUACUAAUUUGUCUCUUGCAGUUAGAUUGAAUGUUGCUGUGGCAUCUACGCUGCCAAAAGUACUUUUCAAUUUUCCACAAGAUUUGCAACUGAUGGUGGAAAAUCGUCAGACUAAUUCUGGUUUCAUUCACAGGAGGACAGAUGUGACAAAUUAUGCAUAUACUCAACAGAUUUUAGGAGAAAUGAUAAAUGCCACAUUUUCUGAAGUUGGUUAGUUUGCUUUGUAUUUACCUAUUUAUUUUGAGUGAGAUUAUUUUUAGAUGCAUCUUGUCUGUUAUGGAGGUUUUUCUUUCAACCUGCCACACUGAGCCAACCGGUCUACGUUUAUUUAACCAAUGAUGCAACUUUGGAGUUAUUUGCAGUCGUUAAACAGAUGGAAAUAAUAGACACUGGCUUGCACACCCUACAUGUUCUGCAGAGAACGUGUUCCUUCUCUCCCUGAGGGGGCAAACUUAUCACCUAGUGCUGCCUUAACCUUUACUGCCAGCAGAGGAAACUUACCUUCAAUGAGGACUACAUCUGAAGGCUUUUUUUGUUUUGAAUCCAGAAAAACUAUUUUGGACAAACCAAAGACAGUACAUCAGUUAAUCUGUUUUUAAUGAACAUGCUACGUUUUUUUUAACUGUAAAUAAAAACUGCUUGUCCUUACU